GGAAGACUCAACAUUGUCUAGAUAUCAGUUCUUUCCAGCUUGCUCUAUAGAUUCAAUGCAAUAUCAAUCAAAAUCCUAGCUAUUGUGUGGAUAUUGGCAAACUGAUUCUAAAGUUUAUAUGGAGGAGCUUUUGGUGGCAGGGUCUGGGGAAGGGGUGUCAGGUGCCAUGUCUGACCAUGAAGGUGGCAAGAAGGAGCCCCUGAAGCAGCCCAUGAAGCAGGCCAAGGACACAGAUGAGGAAGAUAAGGCACUCAAGCAGAAACAGAAAGAGGAGCAGAAGAAACUCAAGGAGCUAAAAGCAAAGGCUAUGGCGAUGGGCCUCCUGGCCACAGGUGGAAUUAAGAAAUCUGACAAAAAGUAA